GGAGUGGAGAGGCAAAGAGAGAGGGGAAGAGAUUUUAAAGCCGACGCGACGAUUCGAAGACAGUGAAGAAGAUGACUCUGCAAAGCUUCCUCAAAACCCUAAAGACAGCCAAACGAACAUACCCAUUUUCAAUCUACAAGCUCCUAAUCGAUUCUUCCUCCAUAAACCAAGCUCUCGAUUCACCGAAACAGCCACUCUCCGAUCUCAAUCUCUCCACCCUCCGCCGCAUAUUAUCCGAUCCCGACGUCAAAUCCUGGAAAUGCGUCUCCCUCUUCCGUUUCGUCCUCGAAAACCCUUCUCUUUUCUCUUUCAAGCCCGAUCUCCAAACCCACUUAUCUCUCACUCUCCGCGUCUUGUCGGAGAGGAAGUUCUCAGAUGCGCAGAAGCUGCUGAAAAAACCCGAGAUUCUCAGGUACCCUUUUCGCGAUAUCGCCUCUAGUGUCGUUGAUGAAUGUGUGUUCGAGACGAAAGUCGUUGCGAGGUUGUUUAAUUCGAUGAUCAUGGUUUAUUCAGACAAAGAGAGAUUCGAUGAAGUUGUCGAGGUUUUUGAGUUUAUGAAGAACAAUGAGGUUAAGAUUGAUGAAAAGGCUUUAACUUUGCAUCUCCUAAACCUCAAGAAACGUGAUCAGAUGGAGUUAGCUAGCGAUUUCUUUACUCUAAUGGUUGAUUCGGGGUUAGAUGUUGUGUCUGUGUACUCUUUAACGGUCGUUGUUACGGCUCUGUGUUGCAAUGGAGAGAUCAAGAGAGCAAGAAAGAUGGUGGAGGAGACAAAGAUUAAGCCUAAUAUCGUUACGUUUAAGCCGAUGAUUGAUUGUUGUGUCAAGAGAUGGGAUUUCGAAGAGCUGGAUUUGGUUCUUGAGUUAAUGGAGAAGGAAAAAGUGACGCUUGAUCUCGAUACUUACAAGAUCUUGAUCGAUGGUUUCACUAGUUACGGCAAGAUUGAUGAUGCAGAGAGGUUGGUUUCGACUAUGCACGAUAAGAAGCUUAGAGUGGAGACUUAUGUGUAUAAUCUGAUCAUGAACGGGUACUCUCGAUUGGGACAAGUGGAGAAAGCAUUUGAGCUACACGGUAAAAUGAGUUCUCGAGGUGUUACUCCGAACAGGGAUACGUAUUGCGCGUUGAUGAGUGGUCUCUGCAAAGCAGGGAAAGUGUGUGAAGCGAUGAGAUUGUUGGACGAGUUGCGAGUGAAUGAGUUUGAGAUUGCUGAAGCAAUGUAUAUUACGUUGACUGAAGAGUGCUACAGAGCAGGAAUGAUAAGUGAAGCUUUAAAAGUGGUGGCUGAGAUGAUUAGGGAAGGAUUCAUUCCUGAUGGUGCAGUAUUAGAAAGAUUAGCUGAUGCAUUGUUUGAAGUAAACCGAGCAGUGGCAGAAAUGAUGGUUACGUUCGUGGUUAAGAGCGGAAUCAAACCAAAAUCUUGUUCUGAUUUGGUCAGAAAUGAAGAUGUGGUUCCUAAAGACUGAGAUGACAUGGUGAUGUGCACAAAGUUAGUUCUAUGCAUUUGAAAGAUGCAAAUGUAUUAUAUGCCAUAUUGCCAUCUUGAGAAGGUUACUGGUCUGGGAUAUGGAGGAAACAUGAAAAAUAGCAGUGCGUAUGGAUAAUUUGAGAUGAGGAGAAGUGAGUCUACUUAUAUAUGUUGUCCUAAGAAGAUUGCGUAUAGAGUGUAUUAGAGUUGGAAUAGGAAGUAGAGGAUGAUUUCGUGGCGUCAAACAAAAACAAUGCGGAGAAGGAACGAUGAGGAAGAAUGGAAGAUGAAUGUGAGUUUUGAUAAGAUCCAUGUUGCUAACGUCUUUUCGUGAUAACCGAAGUACCAAGGAACUUAGAUUGUGCCAAGAAUGUUUUUAUAAGGUGUGCACAUCAGUUAUGCCCUUCAAGGAUUAUAGCAACACUUUAGUGUCAUACGAUCCAAUAAGUUUGCGAGAAAACUGAUAGUAAAUCAGAAAGUUUUUGGUUCCUCUUUGAUGGCCAGAAAGGAAGGUUACAAUGUGUAAAGGCUAUCGAUGAGGAACAUGCAGAACAGCUCUUUUUCCAAUUUAUGAUUAUAGCUAUGUCGAUUUACGCUACAUACCAACUGUUAUAUUUUAGAAAUGUUGCACCUAUUUGUAUGUUUUGAUGACCCAAACUUGGCUUUUGGAAAAAAUAUGGCUCUGGU